UGGGGGAUAGAAAUCCGUCAGAGUUUUUCGUUUGUCACUGGCUGAGUUAGAGGCCGCUGGAAUAUCGUACUUUUGUAGUAUCUGUGUUUGGGAUAUAGUGACUUUUGUCAGAUAGCCGUUUGCACUGGUACAGAGACAAGUUGAAAGUUCACCACUGAAAUUUUGUUAGCGCGUUGGGCUCUUUUUUUCUGCCGUAGUUAAGCUCCAGAUUUGGGCUCCAUAUUAAGAGCCAUAUUAAGAGCCAUAUUUAAGGACUUUCUUAAGGACCAUACUUAAGUGGAUCUUGUUCGGACCACGGUGUAGAAUACCUGAAAAAGAGUAUUCUGUGGUCUUUUCGGUGCGUCAAGACGGGCAAUUCGUGAGUUCUGUUGCAGUUUAUUCUGUUGAACCAGGCUGCAACACUUACUGGAAUACUACAGUAUUGUCACUGUUGUUAUUACACUUGGUUUCCACACUAGACUACUUCGGUUUACCUUAGUAUACUUGUCAAAUCAAGGUCGUAUCGGCACUCCUGUAUUCAUCUUACGGUAAAGACGGCCUCCCUUGUGCAACAUCGUAGGUGUCUUCUUCCGCAAUCUACAUAUAGGUGCUAAUUUUUCACAACCGUUUGUUACAGUGUAGUAUACCAAAAUAUCCUGGUGUACCCACCCAUACUACUAUCAUUUGCCAAUCAGCAUAACAGGCGCCAAAGCGUAAAAGCCGCAAAAUCACCGUGUCAACAAACUUCAACAUGUUUGGCAACUCCGACCAGUUCUGCUCGUUGGAUGAAUCCAUGUUCUUCAAUCCGGACUCUGCCCAGGAGGUAUGCCCCAAGGUGUGGCUCGGGCCCUACUCGGCGCUUUCACACGAUAACUUUCUCGAGCGUCACAAUAUCAAGAUCAUCAUCAAUUGUCUUUCCACGGGUAAGUUUUUGCGGGCCUUGGAACAGCCACAAGUCGCCAUUUCGUCCGACGUGAUCAUCCUCAGCUUGGACCCUUCUUUCUCAGUUUCGGACUUUGAAACCCAGGAACUCGUGCUGGAAUUCACCAGGAAGUUCAACCGUAUACUUCAGAACUACUUGAACUACUUUUAUGUCAAUAACCCGGACUCGACCUACUUGAUCCACCAGAUCCCCAACAACCAGUUGUUACUGUCGAUCCGGUCGCCCAUCCUCCAGGGCAACUUGAAGCUGCAGUUUUUCGUUCUUGUCAGAUUAAUGAACUUGUUGAAGUCCAUUAAUAGCAAUGUCCAGUGCUUAGUACUUUCAGACACCGGCAACUCCAACUUGUCUACGGGGCUAAUAACAGCAUACUUGAUGGAUUGCUACAACUAUAACAUCAAGAACUCGUACACUGUAGUCCACUCUGCUCGCCCCAGCGUCUCUGCCUUAAAUAACAAUUUCUACGACGAUUUGCUCAUCAUCGAGAAUCUCAAGAAGUUCUCUUCUGAGAACAAUGCUUUGAAACAAAACAACCCCGGAGAAGAUGACCUGCGCAUGGACGACGACAUGGAAUACAACGAGAUCUGUGUUGGUGGAGAUCGCAAAAGACGAUUCCACAGGUAA